GUUUUAAUUUAACUUGAUUAUACAUACGGAUUUCACAAGAGAGGUAUAUAUUGUGAAUGACCAAAUGUCGGAUGAAUACAACAAACCCAAAGCAAAAUAUUGAGUAAUAGUAUUUGUAGUACUCGAGACCUUCAGUAAUUUCGCGUUGUUUGGGGCAUUCGGGUUGUCUAGCGCAUUUGCCACGCAAACUAUAGACUAGGAUUUCAGUAGUUAGUUUGGUUUAUUUUAACUUAUAUAUUUUCAUUUUAGAGAAAAAAUAUGGCAAGCUGGUGGACCCGGUAGGGGUUGACCGCAACAGGACGUGUCGAAAGGCAGCGAGAACAUAGAACUUGUGUUCGAGGAGCGUCUUCAAUCAAGUCUCUGGUCUCCAGAUAAGUUAUCUGAGCCUUUAUCGGAAAAGAAAUACAACAUAAAGAUAGCGAAAAUACUUUCAAACUAAACUAGGCUAUAUAGCCGGUUGCAAUUACCCAAAUAUUGAACGGACAAAAUAAAUUUAAAACAUCUAUGACCAGGCUCAAAGUUCAAGCAAAUAUUACACUGUGAAGGAUACCUAUAUAUCUAUAUAUAGACAAGGCUUCCACCUUACACUAUACUAACCAUAUGACGGAGAUAUCACGUUCGGAACCGAUUGCUAUACAGCGUCCUCAGCGUAGAAAUUUUGCUUUAAAUUUGGGAUCAGCUGAUAGUAGUACGCCACGGCAAAGACAUGAUACAAUAACAAGAAUCAAAGAUGCUUUUGACGGGUCUUUGAAAAAUGGAGUGAAUGCCUCACCACAUCUUUCAUCACCUACACCACCAACUUUUGUACCAGAUGGCUCCCACCAAGCAUCUAGAAUCGGUGAUUAUCUCCUUGUUGAACAAGUCGAAGGGCAUAAUUCUGGGAAUGUUUACAGAGCUGUAAACACCAACACGGAGUUGGAGUUUAUUUGCAAGGUUUAUAAAGGAACCGAUUACAGACAAGCAAUGCGGGCGUAUUCUAUAUUAGAACCUCAUCCAAACAUCAACCAUAUCGUUGACAUUGUGAAUGGUCCAACCAGUACUUAUUUCUUUUUUCAACCUGGAAUGCCUCAGGUCGAGCGAACGAAAGAUGAUAAGAAUGAAAAAGAAUACGGUUUCAAGGCUGACAAUCUUCACAAUAUGACACGAACUCAAAAACGUCUAUCAGAAGAAGUUGCGGCCCCCUUCUUCACUCAGGUUGCUAAAGCAGUAGCACACUGCCACAAAAAUAACAUCGUUCUACGAGACCUCAAGUUACGAAAAUUUAUAUUCAGAGACCCUGACAAAACACAAGUAAUGCUGGAAAGCCUUGAAGAUGUUUUUGUGCUUGAUUCUGAAGAUGAGGAAGGUCUUGUUGUCAAACAUGGCUGCUUGGCAUACAUAAGUCCUGAAAUAUUGGCCUGCACUGCGGCUGCGCUAUCUUCUGGAGGACAGAGUAAUAAAACUGUCAAUGGGUUAUGUGCAAAGGCAUCUGAUGUAUGGAGCAUGGGAGUCAUGCUAUACACAAUGCUUGUUGGCAGAUACCCUUUUGAAGAAUCUCAGCCGUCUGCGCUUUUUUCUAAAAUUAGUCGUGGCAAAUUCAUUGUCCCAGACACCUUGUCAUCUGAAGCACGUGAUCUAAUACACAAUCUGCUGUGCAGAGAUCCGUCACAAAGGUUUCGUGCAUCAGAUGUUCUCAUACAUCCCUGGAUUCGGAAACAGGGCCAUUGUUGGGACCAACCUCGCUUUAUCAUGCCUCUUGGAUCAGGUGGGGAUGCCAGAAUGCCACGGGAACAUGAGACAUGUUCUUAUCGGACAUUGCCUUCCAGUCGAAACAUGUUGUCAUCCUUUGCGUGCCAAUACACGGACCAAGUGGUGCCGGAUUCAUAUGUUUCAGUUGAAGACGAAACUAUGUUUGAAUAGGACUUGAAGUUGUUGCAGUAUAGCAACUUGAGCAAACCACAUGAAAGCCAAGGUCACUGUCCACCAAGGUGUUUUUGCUUUUUAACAAUGAGUCAUGUCUGAUUUUCAUCUGACCAAGCAUGCUUUUGAAAUUUUCGCAAAGGAUAAUGGUUUUGUGAAUACGUAUGUAAGUUAAUUCGGCAGUUUUUUUUUUUUUUUUGGCUUUUUGUGCUUUUAUCUAUUUGACCUCAAAAUUAAUUUUCAAGUCAUAAGUGUGAUCUUGGUCAUAUACUCUGUUUUGCUCUUGUUGUAUUCUGCUACGGGAACACUUCAAUGCAGUGUCACUGGGUGGCUUGAAGUUCUUCAGCGGUCUGUACGUUUUAUUGCCAACCACAUACAUCUACAAUAUUUAAUCUAGAUUUUUCCUAUCACAUGCUUUGAAACUUUGCCACAAUUCCAUCGGUGCAACAAAAGUUUAUUCAAUAAAUUUGUGCCAUUCAUCAGCAGAGAACGGCUCAUGAUAUGCUUCGAAAAUGAAGAUAGUUUUAAAGCUAAAUGUAACAAAAUUCAAAAUUAAUCUUUAGACAAGGUUGCUUCACACGAAUUUCAAAUGGCUGUCCUCUGAUUUUUUUCGGCAGUCACCUUUAUUGCUACUGUGACGGAGAUCGACGCAAAAUUCAUUGUGUUUGCCCAAUUAUUGUACAUCCCCCAAGCCAUAGCCUCCCAAUGUUGUUGCCUUCAAAUAACUACAUGUUCGUUAAUUCUACAUAAUGGUCCCAAUUUCGAGUGGUAAUCAAACAAAAUAAUACUUUGUUGGCACAGUGGUCUCUUUAGCCUUCUAGUUUACAGGUGUAUUUCGAUACAGUACCCGUUUUUUGAAGAUAAUAUUUUUAUUGAAAAUUAUUUUCGUGUUUGUUCCCAUUAAUUCAGUUAACAUUUUUUUUUUUGAUACUUUGCACCUCAUUGUGCUUGAUUUGGAUGGCCCUGCUGUUACGGGCAGUUUCUGAUUUCAAGCAUGAUUAGAUGCAAUUUUUGAAAAGUACAAUUGAAAGCGUAUGCACUUAAAAAAAUAAAGAUAUACUGCACUGGUAAGUUCGUAAUUUCUUCUAUUUGAUCUCUCGAACCUGUGGCAUCACUGGGAAAUAAACGACUCGAAAUGCAUUU